AUUAUCCUCAUAAAUAUGGAGCAGAAGGUGGCUGUGCAGAUCACUCUGUUUUUGAGAGGAUGAAGAAAUACCAGGCAUCUGCAGUGGAAGAGCCCACCCAGCAUAUGAACCACGUGAUUGACAAAGAGAUGGCUGAUGGACCAGUGAUCCUGAGGAAACGUCGUGCAGCACAGGCAGAGAAAAAUACCUGUCAGCUCUUCAUCCAGACGGAUCACCUCUUUCACAAAUACUACGGCAGCAGGGAGGCUGUAAUCGCACAGAUUUCCAGUCAUGUGAAGGCCAUUGACUCCAUCUAUCAAAGCACAGAUUUUAAGGGCAUCCGCAACAUUAGCUUCAUGGUGAAGAGAAUCAAGAUCAACACUACCGAAGAUGAGAAGGAUCCUUCUAACCCUUUUCGAUUUGCCAACAUUGGUGUGGAGAAAUUUCUUGAACUCAACUCGGAGCAGAAUCACGAUGACUACUGUCUAGCCUAUGUCUUCACAGAUAGGGAUUUUGAUGAUGGAGUCCUGGGUCUGGCCUGGGUCGGGGCUCCUACAG